AAUGGAUCAGUACAGCUUACAAAUAUUGUCUAAACUAUGGCGGCCGCAGCUCCAGCACAACACUAUCCUUCUCAGCACGCAGGUGUUUCUGAGCCAGGACAUGCUUCACCGCAAGGCUACGCUCCCCAACAUAACCACAUUCCUCAGGAUGGAUACGCUCAAAAUAUGCAGCAGCCUUAUGUACCAGCGCAUGGGGUAGCUCCAAUAUUUCAGCCAAGACAAAACACAACUAGAGGAACUGGCAUAUUCCAGCAAUGUAUGGCAGUGCAGCCUACGAGCCUCAUGAUCAAGGAGAGGGUAAUGUCCCUAUCCAGUGAUAAUUUCGAAAUCUACACCGUUGAUGGUAAAAUGGCUUUCAAAGUUGCUGGGAAGUACUUCUCCCUGAGCGGCCGCAAGGAACUAUACGAUAGCAACAACAAGCACUUGUUCACCAUCCGCAAGAGGCAUUUGACUAUCCAUACCACGUUUUAUCUCGAGGAUCCAGCUGGCAAGGAAAUACUUGAGGCUAAGAGUAGUUUCGCAAUGUUUGGUUCCAAAUUCACAGCUCGCUUCACUAGCCUUGACGGCCGCGCAGUAGAACUCAAAUUGAAGUGCAACUUCUUCGAUACAGCCCAGAUCACAGAUGCGAACAACCAGAAUUUACCUCUUGCGCAGAUUAACCGAAUUCAUUUUAAGAAGCGUGAUUUGUUUCUUGGCCAGCAAGUCUAUGAGCUGAUUGUGUAUCCUGGGGUCGAUAUGUCACUUAUGGUAGCCAUGUGUAUCUGUUUGGAUGAGAAGAAAAACGAAGGUAGCUAAGCGCUGUAACAUCUUAUUAUCUCAAGUUUAGCGUUUUUAAAAUGGUCACAAGUUACGUUACGAUUAUGGAUGGGAAAUAAAAUGAGUUUUCUACUCUAGCAUAGACAAUAUACCCU